AUGGGGUUGGGAGUCCUCGAACAUCGAUCGCCCCUCCAACAUGUCCCUGGAACAGUCGUCCUUGCAGAUGGAGAAUCACACCCGAUUCGUGAUUCUGUGCCCGCCAAGCACGGUACUGGCAAACAUAGAGACAUCAUCCUCACUCCUCGCCCAUCCGACGACCCCAACGACCCGUUGAACUGGCCCUACUACAAGAAAGUCCUUGCAAUUUGCAUCUUGGUAUACGGCUCCUGCCUCUGCGCGUGCUGCACGGGACCGUUGCUCAAUGCCAGCUUGUUUGUUCUUUCGCUACAGUUCAACCGCCCCAUCGGAGACAUCACCGUCCUCUCAGGCUAUCAGCUCCUUGUCGCUGGAGCUUCAGGUCCAAUUCUGUCGGCCAUUUCCCGGAAAUAUGGCAAGCGGCCUGUCUUCAUAUUUUCUUCCGUCGCCUGCCUCGUUGGCACCAUCAUCGGCUCCGUCAGCAACACAUACAAUACUCUUCUCGCCGCUCGAGUAGUCCAGGGCCUCUCUCUGGCCGCCUACGAAUCACUUGUCUUUACGGUUGUCGGAGAUGUCUUCUUUGUACAUGAGCGCGGUCUUUGGACCUCAGUCAUGGCCUUUACGUUGACGUGUGUUUCCAACCUGAGCUCCGUUGUCGCUGGAAAAAUCACAUUUAGCUUGGGCUGGCAUUAUCUCUUCCACAUCUUGAAUGCCUGCCUUGGGUUCCAGAUCAUCCUUUUAUUGUUAUUUGUACCUGAGACGUCGUACAUCCGCCACGAUCGCUUUAUCCAGGAGCAGACCGUAGCCAAAGACAAAGAUGAUACACAAGCCAAGGAAGAAGGAGAUGCUUACAGAGUGGAAGAUGUGGAUAUUGAGUCAGCCGACGUACCUCUAAAGAAGACAUUCCUUCAAGAAAUGGCUCUUUUCAACGGUUCAUACAGCGACGAUAAUUUUAUCACGCUGGUUAUCGCACCUUUCGUCUGCUGUGCAAAUCUGGCCGCACUCUGGACUAUUGUUAUUACGGGAACGAUUACCUCAUUUUUUGUUGCAGUCGCGUAUGUUAUCGCUCAGCUCUUUUCACCGCCGCCCUAUCUCCUCUCAGCGGCGGCUGUUGGAUAUAUGUCGGUUGGUCCAUUCAUUGGUGGUGCGAUUGGCAGCGUCGCCGUUGGCCUCGUCAUGGAUCCCCUCACAAUCUGGCUCACCAAGAAGAACAAGGGUGUAUACGAGCCCGAGUUUCGCCUUGUUACUUGCGUAUUUGGUCUGCUCUGUGGAGUCAGUCUGUUUGGCUUUGGUGCUCUUUCACAAAACCAGGGCAAUAUCUAUGCCAUCGACUUUAUGUGGGGAUUAACUCUUUUCGGCACUUCCUUCAUCAUCGGGCCCUGUUCAACUUACGCCAUUGACGCUUUCGGUGGAAUGAGCAAUGAGAUUUUCAUCGCCAACGUCAUGUUCAAAAAUUUCUUAUUUUACGGCUACAGCUACUUUGUCAACAACUGGACGGCGUCUGCAGGACCCAUUGCUCCCUUUUUCACAUUCGGUGGCAUCAGUCUCGGACUUGUGGCGACGACAUUAAUUGUUUACGUCUUUGGCAAGCGGUAUAGGAGCUUCUGGCAUACUCACAACGUUCUUGAAAAGAUCGGCAUCAACACUCACACAGGCAUGUAG